AUGCAAGCAGAGAAUAGAAAUUACUUGGGGGCAGUGGUAAAAAGUUUCAACAGCCAAGAAACUGAAAGUACACGACUGGAGAUUCAUACAAAUUAUGAGGAAAGCCUAGAAUUACCCAAAUUCAAUAUGGUGACUAUUGCAGAAGCAACUAAUAAUUUUUCUCAUUCAAACAAGAUUGGAGAGGGUGGCUUUGGACCUGUUUAUAAGGGAAAACUAUCAGAUGGACUAGAGAUAGCAGUGAAAAGGCUAUCAGAGAGCUCCCGACAAGGUCUCAAUGAGUUCAAGAAUGAGGUCAUGUUGAUUGCCAAACUUCAACACCGAAAUCUGGUUAGGCUUUUGGGAUGUUGCAUUCAAGGAGAAGAGAGACUAUUAAUUUAUGAGUACAUGCCCAAUGGAAGCUUGGAUUCCUUGAUUUUCGGUAACUCAAGGAUCAAUUUUUUUGUAUGGAGAAGGCGCUUUGAUAUCAUUGUUGGGAUUGCUCGCGGGAUCCUUUAUCUUCAUCGAGAUUCAAGAUUAAGAAUUAUUCAUAGGGAUCUCAAAGCCAGCAAUGUGUUGCUGGACAGUGAAAUGAAUCCUAAAAUUUCAGAUUUUGGCAUGGCAAGAGCUUUUGGAGCAGAUCAACAAUUGGCAAAAACAAAAAUGGUAGUUGGAACUUAUGGUUACAUGUCUCCAGAGUACACCAUUGAUGGGAUCUUUUCAAUAAAAUCAGAUGUCUUUAGUUUUGGAGUAUUAGUGUUGGAAAUAGUGAGUGGCAAAAGGAACAGACAGUUCAAUCAUCCUAAUCAUGGUCUUAACCUUCUUGGACAUGCAUGGAAACUAUGGAGUGAAGGAAAAGCCUUUGGAGUAAUAGAUCCUGUGAUGGAGGAUUCAUUUCCAAUGUCAGAAGUAUUAAGAUGCAUACAAGUUGGUCUUUUGUGUGUGCAGCGAUGCCCCGAAGACAGGCCAACCAUGUCAUCAGUGCUCUUAAUGUUGGACAAUGAGAGUGCAAUGUUGCCCCAACCUAAGCAACCUGGUUUCUAUACAGAGAGGAGCCCUGAUGACACAGAAUUUUCACUGCCGGGAACACAAUCUACUACAAAUAAGAUGACAGUUACAGUCUUAGACGGUCGAUAA